UCUCUCUUAGAAAACGCCAACGCUGGAUUUUCACCAUCCCAUUGUUCUUCAUCUCUCUACCUCUCUGUCUGUCCGUCUGUCUGCCUCUCUCUCUCUCUCUCUCUCUCUCACGAAUUCUAUCCAAGAAGAAGGGUAAUGGAGGAUUCUUCUUCUUUCUGGGUUGAUUUCUUGAAGGGAAUGCUGAAACCUGUCGCAGCUACAUGUGUUGUUUUGAUGGCUGUGGCUCUUUCCUUCUGUCAGAACCUUGGGCUGGAGAAGGAGAUGAUUUUUUCCAUAGCUCGUGCCUUUCUUCAGCUCUCUGUCAUUGGGUUUGUACUUCAGUUCAUCUUCAGCCAGAAGAACAUCGCCUGGAUUCUUCUUGCUUACUUGUUCAUGGUUGCUGUUGCUGGUUAUACAGCAGGUCAACGUGCAAAACAUGUUCCACGAGGGAAGUAUGUUGCCGGGGCAUCCAUUUUAGCUGGAACAGCGGUGACCAUGAGCUUGCUUGUCCUGUUGCGUGUUUUCCCUUUUACUCCACGAUACAUCAUCCCUGUCGCAGGCAUGAUGGUCGGCAAUGCAAUGACAGUAACUGGUGUGACAAUGAAAAGGCUCCGAGAUGACCUCAAAGUGCAAAAGAAUCUGGUGGAGACAGCAUUGGCACUUGGUGCGACGCCACGGCAGGCGACACUUCAGUUGGUGAAGAGGGCUCUGAUCAUCGCUCUCUCCCCUGUCCUGGACAAUGCGAAGACGGUGGGCCUCAUCUCUCUUCCUGGUGCGAUGACCGGCCUUAUAAUGGGAGGUGCUUCUCCUUUAGAAGCCAUUCAGUUGCAGAUAGUUGUGAUGAACAUGCUUAUCGGGGCGGCCACUGUCAGCAGCAUCACGUCAACGUACCUCUGUUGGCCUGCCUUCUUCACCAAAGCUUACCAGUUGGAGCCCAAGGUCCUGGUAGACUAAGUAGUUAAUAUGGUUGAAUCCAAUGCAUGGUCUGAUGUGGAAUAGCUUAGCUUGAGUUUUGAGUUUGUACAGGGAUUUGAGUUGCCGUGGUUUCAGUAUCCAGACCAUUGGACUGUUGGGCCUCACUGUGGAUGGAUCAUUGCCAUAAAAUCUCUGCCAUGGGACAAUCCUAUCCUUUCAAUUGACGGCCUCCAAAUAGACAGUCAAGAAGAAAUGCGACAGCGACCCAUGUACAAUCCCAAUGUUGAUCAAUCACUGAACCAUGGCCGUCUCGUACAAACUGAAAAUCUUACCAUGCAAUGGGCAUAUCAAUGGGUUGAGGUUCAUGUAAUUCCUCUGAAAUGUAAGACUCACAUGUGAGGGUAGCUUUAUGUAUUCCCAGACGUUCUGCAAUACAAUACCAUGAUAAAGUACAACAGUUUAGAAGAGAAA